CUUUAGUCUACAAACCUUCCACCUUUCAUCCUCUUCGCCUCUCGCGUGUGUCUCUCUUCCUUCUUCUCGUCUUGGACGUGUUGAACCGGCAUACAAUGAGUUCUUCGACCAUUCUGCGGAGCAUGACUCCGGCGAGCAGGUUUUCUCGAGCUCUCAAACCGACAAGAAGACAAUUCUCUUCGACGAGGCCAGCAGCUCGGAUCCUCGCCAACCAGCCCCUUCGAGCGAAAGAGGCCUCACCGUUUGUCUCGAACAAGUAUCCUGUUAUCGACCACGAGUAUGACGCGGUGGUCGUAGGCGCAGGUGGCGCAGGUUUGAGAGCAGCCUUUGGUCUAGCAGAAGCCGGCUUCAACACGGCUUGCGUAACAAAACUCUUCCCCACGAGAAGUCACACGGUGGCCGCGCAGGGAGGGAUCAAUGCAGCACUGGGAAACAUGCAUGAAGACGACUGGAGAUGGCACAUGUACGAUACUGUUAAAGGCUCCGACUGGCUAGGUGACCAGGAUGCGAUCCAUUACAUGACCCGCGAAGCCCCCCGAUCUGUUAUCGAACUCGAAGGAUACGGAUGCCCGUUCUCGCGAACGGAAGACGGCCGGAUAUACCAGAGAGCUUUUGGCGGUCAAUCGCAAAAGUAUGGAAAGGGUGGACAGGCAUACAGAUGCUGCGCCGCUGCCGACAGAACUGGUCACGCGCUCCUUCAUACGCUCUACGGCCAAUCUCUCCAUUACAACACCAACUAUUUUAUCGAGUACUUUGCGUUGGAUUUGAUCAUGGAAGGUGGCGAAUGCAAAGGUAUUAUCGCCUACAACCAAGAGGAUGGCACGCUCCACAGAUUUAAGGCCAAGAACACCGUUUUGGCAACUGGCGGUUAUGGCCGAGCUUAUUUCAGCUGCACCUCUGCGCACACCUGUACCGGCGAUGGAAUGGCAAUGGUCGCUCGUGCUGGUCUUCCCAACCAGGAUCUCGAGUUCGUUCAGUUCCACCCCACUGGUAUCUACGGCGCUGGUUGUUUGAUCACUGAAGGCUCUCGUGGUGAAGGUGGUUAUCUGCUGAACUCUGAAGGUGAACGAUUCAUGGAACGUUAUGCUCCUACUGCCAAGGAUUUGGCAUCUCGAGAUGUCGUUUCCCGAUCAAUGACUAUGGAAAUUCGUGAAGGCCGCGGUGUCGGUCCUGACAAGGACCACAUUUACCUUCAGCUCAGUCACUUGCCCGCUGAAAUUCUUCACGAGCGACUACCCGGUAUCUCCGAGACUGCUUCAAUCUUUGCUGGUGUGGAUGUCACCAAACAGCCAAUUCCUGUCCUGCCGACUGUUCACUACAACAUGGGAGGAAUUCCGACCAAGUACACUGGUGAAGUCCUCACAGUCAACUCCAAGGGCGAAGAUGAAGUGGUUCCGGGACUGUUUGCUUGCGGUGAAGCCGCUUGUGUCUCCGUCCACGGAGCCAACCGGUUGGGUGCCAACUCACUGCUCGACCUGAUCGUUUUCGGGCGUGCUGUAUCACACACUAUCCGCGACAACUUCACGCCUGGUGAGACUCAGAAGGAAAUUGCAGCAGAUGCUGGUGCCGAUUCGAUCAAUGUUCUCGACAAGGUCCGGGAGGCCGAUGGUCCCAAGAGCACCUUCGACAUCCGAAGUGCCAUGCAGAAAGUCAUGCAGACUGAUGUCAGCGUCUUCCGAACACAAGAAUCUCUGGAUGAGGGUGUCAGAAGAAUCGGUGACGUCGACCAGAUGUUCGACCAAGUCGGCAUCAAGGAUCGUAGCAUGAUCUGGAACUCCGACCUGGUCGAGACGCUUGAGUUGAGGAACUUGCUGACCUGCGCCACUCAAACCGCAGCUUCUGCAGCGAACCGCAAGGAAUCUCGGGGUGCUCAUGCUCGCGAAGAUUUCCCUGAACGAGACGACGAGAACUGGAUGAAGCACACCCUGUCAUGGCAGAAGUCGCCACACGGAAAGGUUGAUCUUGGUUACCGAGCAGUUGUCGGCCACACUUUGGACGAGAACGAAUGCAAGGCUGUGCCACCAUUCAAGAGAACGUAUUAAACUCGGAUCGGCAAGCGAUGUUGGAAGGGGGAUUUUGCCCUCGAUUUUAUGUGCUGCUGGUAGGUUAUUAUACCAUGACAGAAUCAAUGUAAAAAUUAUCAUAACAUCAUUACAACU